UCAGUCCCGCCUUUUGGUUCUCUUCUUGCUCCCCGUUGCUCUCUUCCAAGAAUACGCCGGCAACCGUCAAAAAUCUCAUUUUUUUCCCAACUCUUCCAUAAAAACAACCCAAAAUCUCAUCUUUCUUCCACUCCUCCAAAACUCGCCAAUGUUUCCCCCCGCCGACGACUCCCCUUCUAUCCUCGUUCUCCUCCUCCCCAACACUACUGCCUUCUCCUUCCAUCUCCUCCUCCUCUUCCUCUCCGCUGCCUUUCUUUUCUUUCCUGGAGGCAUCGCAUGGACUCACCGAUCGCACAUUCCAGGCCCCAGCUCCCUUGCUGCCGCCGUCGCCCUCUCCUCCACCACCGCCCACCGUGCCCUCGCCGCUCUCUCCAGUUCUCUCGCCGCCAACCGCCUCAUGGCUUUCUCUCUUGGCUUCUCCCGUUUUAUCAUCUCAAGCCACCCUGAAACUGCCAAAGAGAUUCUCAAUUCCUCCGCUUUUGCUGACCGUCCAGUUAAGGAAUCUGCCCGCGAGCUUCUCUUCCAACGCGCAAUGGGAUUUGCCCCAUUUGGUGAGUAUUGGAGGAAUCUGAGGAGAAUCUCCGCCACGCAUCUCUUCUGUCCGCAGCGUAUUGAGGCUUUUGGUGAUCGCCGGCGGGAGAUUGGGGAAUGGAUGGUGGAGGAAGUUAGAGUUUUGAUGGGGAAGCAGGGGAAGGUGGAGAUGAAGGGGGUUUUGCAUUUUGGGGCUUUGAAUAAUGUUAUGAUGAGUGUGUUUGGCAAAAAAAUUGAUUUUGAUAAGGGUGAGGGGAUUGAGCUGGAGAAGAUGGUGAGGGAAGGGUAUGAACUUCUUGGGAUUUUGAAUUGGGCUGACCAUUUGCCUCUUUUUCGGUGGAUGGAUUUGCAGGGUGUGAGGAGAAGGUCCAGGAUUUUGGUUGGAAAGGUUAAUGUGUUUGUUGGGAAGAUUAUAGAAGAGCAUAAAAUGAGAAGAAGGAUUAAUGGGUUUGGGGACUUUGUGGAUGUGUUGCUUGAUUUGGGGAAGGAGGAGAUCUCUGAUUCUGACAUGGUUGCUAUUCUCUGGGAGAUGAUAUUUAGAGGAACUGAUACAGUAGCUAUUCUUUUGGAAUGGAUAUUGGCAAGAAUGGUACUGCACCCAGACAUCCAAGCCAAUGUUCAAGCUGAGAUUGAUGCCUAUGUCGGCAAGUCCCGGGUUGUUUCUGAUGCCGACAUUCCCAACCUCCAUUAUCUUCAAUCCAUAGUUAAGGAGUCUCUCCGAAUGCAUCCUCCAGGCCCUCUCCUGUCUUGGGCUCGUCUUGCCAUCCAUGAUGUUCAUGUUGGUAAUUACUUCAUUCCUGCAGGCACCACUGCAAUGGUGAACAUGUGGGCGAUCACCCACGACGAAUCUAUUUGGUCUGAUCCUGAUGAAUUUAAGCCAGAGAGAUUCUUGACAAAUCAUGUGAGCAUAAUGGGAUCUGAUUUAAGGAUGGCGCCAUUUGGUUCAGGCAGAAGGGUUUGUCCAGGGAAGGCUAUGGGCUUGGCAACAGUUCACCUCUGGCUUGCUCAGCUUCUUCAGUCCUUCAAGUGGUUGCCAUCAAUUAGUGGGGUGGACUUGUCAGAAUGCUUGAAGAUGUCACUUGAGAUGAAAAAUCAUUUAGUUUGCUGUGCAGUUCAUAGGGAUCCAUGAAUAUCUUGCAAUGCAGCUUAUCCUGGGAGAUCAUACUGUUGCUUAAUCACCAUGUUUUUUAAUCGAUGGCUAGGUUUGGCAUAAACUUGUUUUCAGUAUUCUGUUUUGUCUUAGUGUUGGUAAGAAGGGCUUGUCAUGUGUUCAAAGAUAAUGUAGAAGGUUAUGUUGCAUAAUGUAGUUGUAAACAGCUUUCCAUGAUAUACAUAAAAGUUAGCUUUUUUUUUUAA